AUAUUUGGCAACUCCGUCCCAGACUUCUCUGGAAGUGUUGCCAGAAAAGUUGAGUCGGAAAAAAAUGGGGAAAAAAAUGUUGCGAAAAAUUUAAAUGAAAAUGUUAAAGAAAUGUUAAAUGAUUUUGAACUUUCAUAGAGUUAUGUACUAACUUACCAUAUGUUCGUUUGUUUGGUUCUGUAAAAGUAUCUCCUGCCACCGGUAAUCACUUGGAGCGGCCACUUUUGCUUUGGCGUUUUGUGCUGAUGCACUGCGACAAAAUCCAUCGCUAAAGAGUAAGCCGGAAGCAACAAACCAUCCGUACCGGAAGAAUCGCGAUCAGUGGCAGAAAAGUUAUACGGCGGGCGAUUCUGGCCUAACCAAUGUGGCACUUCCAAUGAGAAAUCAAUUGCAAGUCGUUGGAUGCUCUCAGUAUUGGUUAUUGGCGAGAUUGGGCCCGAGACAACUGUUGUCCACCCACUCUAGUCCGUUCUAGUUUGACUCUCGCCCCCCUUUGAAAAGCACACAAUCCCAAUGGAGAACUCCCAUAUACCGGAAGCUGGCCCGGACCGCAAGCGCCCUCGCCUAGAAGACGAGGAGCAGGAGCUGAAGGUGGCUGGAUUUUCCUUGAGUGCCAUCGAGGAGAUGCGCCAGACUCGGGACAAUGAGCGGCAGAGUGAGCCCAUGGACCAGCAGCUGCGACAGUUCCAGGUCCUCGACGAAGUUGGCUCCAACAGCGAUGAGGAUGAGUCAGACGACGCCAGCGAAAAGCAGAGGGGCAGCAGCAGGUACGGCGAAGCCGAAGGAGAAGGUGCUGACGAGGAAGAUGUGGGUGAUGGCGAGGGGGAAGAAUACGACUCCUCGGAUUUCGACGAUGAGGAGAUCGAAAAUCUGCUGGAUGAGAAGUUGCCCGAUGAGCUCCGAGAGUCCAAGCGGCCCAAAUACGAACAGCGUUUCAAAACUGUCUUAGAUGAAAAGCGCCACAACCACUUCGAAGUACUGCCCGAGGGAUGGGUUCAGGUGACCCAUAACAGCGGCAUGCCGCUAUUCCUGCACCGCAAAACUAGGGUUUGUUGUGCUUCCAGGCCUUACUUUCUGGGUACUGGUAGCGCCCGUAAACACGCCGUGCCACUAGGUGCCAUUCCUUGCCUCAACUACAGACGGGCCUUGGACGAGGAGUCCGAGGCGGAGCAGCAAAAACAGGAAGCGGCUCCGGCAACCGGUGUGUGUCCAUUUACGGGAGCAACAGCCGGCACUGCUCAGCCGGUGGAUGGUGGGGAGCCCAUGCAGAUGGAGGGCAAAGAGAACACUGAAGCGCAACCCGAUCCCCAGGCCCAACCAGACGCAUUGAGUGCUCUGAUGCCGGGUGCCAAAAUCGUCACAGUUAACGAAAACACACAAAAAGAGUCUGUAACGCCGGAGCAGUUGAACUCCUAUUGCCAGAACCUAUUCAAGUUCAAGGUUAUUCGCGUGCUACGCUUUCGUAGUUGGAAUGCCCGUCGAAAGUUCACCAAAAAUCGGAAGCAUAUCAAGAACAUCCAGCGGCCAACGUUGCCCGAUGGCACUAAGCUCAUUAAAUUUCCUAUCCUGGCGGCGGCCGGUGAGGGAUCCACGAACCCUCGCGGUCGAAGGGAGUGGAUUAUGAAUCCGAAUGGCAAGAGCUAUGUUUGCAUACUGCACGAGUAUGUGCAGCACGCUCUGAAGACGCAGCCCACCUACGAGUUCAAGGAGCUGCAAAAUGCCGCCACACCCUACUCUGCCACAGUGUCGGUGAAAAAUCUAAAGUAUGGCACUGGUUUCGGGACCAGCAAGAAGCAGGCCAAGUCCGAGGCGGCGCGCAUAACUCUGGAAAUACUCAUUCCCGAUGUGAAGGAUAAGAUAACUGGAAACAGCAAGGAUCAAAAGAGCGGAACAGCCAAGAAAGCUCAGAGCGAUUUGUCUGUUUUUGAUGACAUUCGCAUCGAGGAUCCGCGUGUUACUGAGUUCUGCAACAAGACGACCGAGCCUUCACCGAAUGCCAUCCUCGUGACAUGCUUGCAGCGCAACUAUGGCAGCGAUGUUCAGAUCAGCCAGGAGAUCAACCGCACGGCUAACAACAAGAACGAGUUUACAAUGACUGUGGGCAAGCACACGGCCAAGGUGGUUUGCCGUAAUAAACGCGAAGGCAAGCAGCUGGCUUCUCAGGCCAUCCUACAGAUUCUGCAUCCGCAUAUCCAAACUUGGGGCUCGCUGUUGCGCCUUUAUGGCAACAACUCCAUUAAAACAUUCAAGGAGAAGAAGUUGGAGGAACAGGAGAUCACUGUCCUGCAAAGCAAGGCGGCAGUGAAUCAGCCCAACUACGCCAUUCUGGAUAAACUGAAGUCGGAGAUGCUUAAGCUGAGCGCCAAGCAGGAGAGUGUGUUCACCAUGGGCACCUUUGUGCCGCCCAGCGACGUUGACCUGCCAACCUCCUCGGGCUCCAAUCUGAACAAUGUCGAGCUUUAGGCAGUGCUACUUAAUUCUCUCUACAACAUUGCGUUUCUCAACUAGAAUAUGACAAGAUCACACAAUCUCUUACUUUCGGAAGAUCAAAAGUGCUAAUGACAAUUUCGACGCUAUCUCUUAAGGCAAAUGAACUGAUUUCCAUUCGGCUUGUAUCACUUAAAUUGUACAAAAAUAGGGGCAAUAGCCAAUCUUCUCUGGCCAACUCAUUAUGAUCAUUUUUCCUGCGAAACCGUGUUAAAGUUUAAAGUAUAUCGAUUAAUAAACAAUGCCAAAUAGUAAUGAUUUGAUUUGAAAAUUGUCGAAUCAUGUCGAUCAAUAAAUGAAAUAUAUUAAAUAUACAUUUAUGCCCCCAUUUGUGUGAGAAUAUUUUGUGUGAAAUGUUUUCAUUGUUAAUGUAAAGCUUCCAUAACUUGUGUACUAUUUUAUGUUUUAGAGCUAUUACCACUAUAUGUUUAGAUUAACAAAUUAUUAUUAAAGCCAUGUGACUUCUAUGAACUUGCUUCUACUGGAGCACUCACCAUUUAUUUAUCA